GCUGCGUGGACCCACCGCGCGUGGUCCAUUCGUAUUUUAGGUGGCAGGAUCUAGCGGAUUCAAUCUCUGGAAUAUACGCUUUGCGUGUCAGAGGUCAGCGGAGUUGUUCGGAUCCUCGGUAAGGACAAGAGGCGCGUCACCUCGACGAACUGCGUCGGGCACGCGCGCAUGAACGCGCGUGUCAUUACACCGCUGAUUGAGCGCGCGUUGGUCGAGCGGGUGAACGAGUCGAACUCAUUAAUCCCUCUUCAUCAUCGGAUCGUUAUCGAAUUCUUUCAUGCUAGAUAAUCAAAUGACGAGAUGCCGAGGCUGUUGUAUUUGUUCUUACUAAUGGCUCUAAUGAUGAGCACAGAAGCAGCAAAGGGCGGCGGUAGAGGGGCUGGUAGAGGUCGCGGCCGAGGAACAGUUUACGGCUCGCGAAUGCCUAUCCUGAUACCUCACCGAAAUCCUGCCAGUGCGCAUUAUUACGAGAACAAAGAUGGUGCCAAGAUCGUGAAGGCGUCUCAUUUUGAGCUGGAUUACAUGCUGGGCAGGAAGAUUACGUUCUUCUGCAUGGCUACGGGUUUUCCAAGACCGGAGAUCACUUGGCUGAAAGACGGGAUCGAGCUGUACCAUCACAAGUUCUUCCAGAUAAUCAUGUCACGCUCCAUGCUGCUGCUGAUCCUGCUGAGUAUACUGUUGCUGAACUGUUGCCGAGAGACGUUCGGCCGGAGAGGACGAGGAAGGGGCAGAAGCAAGUCUCGCGUGCAGAUUGGAUUGCCCAUUACCGGGAAAUAUCGUGAUCCAGAGAGCGAUCAAUAUUACAACAACCACAAUGGUGCCAAGAUAUUGCUAGCGUCGCAUUUCGAUCUGGAGUAUGUCCUGGGACACAAAAUAGCCUUCCUCUGCGUCGCUCGUGGCACUCCGCGACCGCACAUCACCUGGUUCAAAGAUGGCACCGAGAUAUACACCCAUCUAUAUCUACACAUACACGAGUGGCAAGUGGGACCUGACAAGGUGAAAUCGAAACUCGAGAUCGAUCCUGCUACUCAGAUGGACGCGGGGGUCUACGAGUGCACGGCGGACAAUAUGUACAGUAUCGAUCGCAGGUCUUUCAAGACUGACUUCUCCAUCGCUUUCGAUUAACGUGAGCGUAACGUACAGAUAAUUGAGCCGAGGUAGGAUGAUUAAAUUUCUACGAUCUGACGAGACUGAUCAUGAAACUACUACAGUAGGCUCCGAAGAAACGACUUAGAACUUACUCUAUGUAUCUCACUGUGUAAUAUGAAAAAAAAAAGAAAAAAAAAGGGGGGAAACUAAA